ACAGGGUGGGUGGCGGCUACUGCUAUUGGACGGCCACGGCUCCCACACUCCUAUUGACUUUAUGUGGACUUGCCGGCAGCAUCAGAUCUAUCUUCUAUACCUCCCACCUCACGCCUCACACAUCCUCCAGCCGCUGGAUCUGGCUCCAUUCUCUGUCGUCAAAACCCACUACCGUAGUCAGAUCCGAGCACUCUCAGCACUUGAUGACGCAGCACCUAUCAAGAAGGAGAGGUUUGUCACCUCAUAUAACAAAGCAAGAGAGGAAGGACUAUCUGAGAGAGUCAUACGAGCCGGAUGGAAGGCUGCUGGCCUAUGCCCAUACAACCCAUGCCUCGUACUACACUCAUCUCAGGUAUCAGGCCGGCCUAUUACACCUCCACCACCUCCUCAGGCAUCAGAUACAGUCUUUGCCACGCCUCAGAGCUCACAGGCCUUAUACAAGGCUCAGCAGCAACUCCUUCUAUCAGAAUCUCUUUCACGAAGCACCCGCCUAAUGCUUGGCAAGGCAGGCAAGGCUAUUGCUAGAGCCAACACUCGCGCAGCUCGGCUUGAAUCUGAGAAUCAACGACUUAAAUAUCAACUAGAUAGUACUAGGGUUACCCGCUCAAGAAAGCGUGUUCAAGUUAACCCAAAUGAGCGCUAUAGCAACGUUGAAGCUAUUAAGGCUGCUAUUGAUCGGGCAGCAGCAUUACAAGCUGAGCAGGUAUCACGUUCAACUGAACAAGAAGCUCAAAAAGCAGCAGCAGCAGCAGCAGCACUCACGCUUCAGUCUAUGUGUACAGAGUGGCAAUUAUAAACGUUGUUGAGAAAUCACGACUCCAAUCUGAGUGCUAGUGACGUGGUGGGGUGCGCGGGAACUAUAUGUGCGCGGAAAGUAUAUGGACUAGCUUAGUGUUAGGGUAACGUGGGAGACUACCAAAGCAGAUCGCUUAAAAGGGGUUAAACCCUAACGCUAAGCCUCUUUUGCCGCGGUUCGGUGUCCUCCCCGCGCCCUU